GCUUUUGGGAUAUAAAAAUGGGCCUUUUCCACCCACCAUUACUCCCUACGCCCACACCGUUCCCUCUCUCUCUCCUCUUUCUCUCUCUUUGCUAACUGAAAAAUACGAAGCAAUAAUUGUGAAAAAAGAAAAAUGGAAACACAGCGGCGUGAGGAAAUCCAAGAGGUAGAGCACAAUCUGGCGGCGGCGGCGAAAUCGAGGUUCCGGCGAAUCUGCGUCUUCUGCGGCAGCAGCUCCGGCAAGAAUCCGAGCUACCAGAUUGCCGCCAUUCAACUUGGCAAGCAACUGGUCGAAAGGAAAAUUGAUCUUGUUUAUGGCGGAGGAAGCAUUGGCCUCAUGGGCUUGGUUUCUCAAGCCGUCUACGAUGGCGGACGCCACGUGUUAGGGGUGAUUCCCAAGUCUCUCAUGCCAAGAGAGAUCACCGGCGAGUCCAUCGGAGAAGUAAGAGCUGUAUCUGGCAUGCACCAACGCAAAGCUGAGAUGGCUCGCCAAGCUGAUGCAUUUAUUGCUUUGCCUGGUGGCUACGGCACAUUGGAGGAACUAUUAGAAGUCAUCACUUGGGCUCAGUUGGGCAUCCAUGAAAAACCGGUGGGGUUGCUGAACGUAGAUGGGUACUACAACUCACUUUUAUCAUUUAUAGACAAAGCAGUUGACGAAGGUUUCGUGGCACCGGCUGCCCGUAGCAUAAUAGUUUCUGCCCAAACUGCCCAUGAACUCAUCUCCAAGCUAGAGAGUCGUCAAUUUCUAUCUGUGAUCAGGAGUACGUCCCGAACCAUUCUGACGUGGCUCCAAAGCUGAGUUGGGAGGUGGAACAGCAGCUCGGAUAUGCUGCAAAGUCGGAUAUUGCUCGUUGACCUGAUGGCGACCACGUGUAUAGAUUAAUCACCGUAGAUCAAAUCUGAUCAGAGGAUUGAUUUGUAAAAUUGUUUUUGUUUUUUCGGAUUAAUUUGUCCAAUAGGAAGCUGACUAGGUCAACACUGAA